AUGUUUUCUGAUAGAUCACAUACACCUACUCUGCCUGAUGCUGUCGCACAAUCGAGCGUUCCAUCGUUGUUGUCCGUUGCCGGCGGACCGGCAGAAUGUAGCCGGGGCCAGGCGACGGUAUGGUAUAAAAGCACCUGGCGCGCAAAGGAUGCCUAA